AUGGUGAAGAACAAAAAGAACAGCAAGCAACACGACAGCCCGGCAUUACAGGAUUUCCUCGGAUUCAAAGUGCUUCCAGUGUUGGUAGACGACAACUGUCGACAUUAUAUCUACAUGCGCAAACACGAGAGUCGCAACUCGUUCCACCAAGCAGCCGAUCGCACUCUAUUUGUUGUCAAUCUACCUGUCGAUGCCACCGAAGCCUCACUCCAAGAUCUGUUCACACCUUAUGGCACCAUUGUAUACGUCCAAUUCCCCGGCGAUCCAGCCUAUGAGCCACCUGUCAAACCAAAGACAAAGGCUGCACGCAUGAAAUUGAAACAGCAACAACUUGAAAAGGAAGCAGCUGACAAGGCCAAAUGGCGACAUCUUUUGCAUACUGGUGCUAGCGCGCACAUUGUUUUUCAAAGUGAAGAGGAGGUGGAUAAGGUGCUUGAUAUGCCCUCUGAUGAUAUCAAAAGGUGGAAGACUGGUAAAUCAUCCGAUCAACCUUUGGGUUACAAACGAUACAUGAUGCAUUACAAAAAGAUUCGCCCCGAUCCCAGCUUAUUACAACAGCAAGUGGAUACAUUCAUGAGCAAAUUCAAGGCUGAAGAAUAUCAAAGAGAGCGUGAGGAGGAGGAACGUCGUAACCAAAUGGAUGAGGAUGGCUUUACAGUGGUGACACGGCCCAAGAAGAAAUUGGUGGCAGAUACACCUGAGAUUGUAGUCAAGAAACCACGAGAAUUCCUCGACUUUUACCGAUUCCAAGUACGAGAAAAGAAGCAAAAUGAAUUGAGCGAAUUGAGGAGACGCUUUGAAGAAGACAAGCAAAAGAUUGCCAAACAAAAGGAAGCUAGGAGGUUCAAACCGUAUUAG